UCUGGAGGAGAUGAGAGAUGAGAAGCUGGCCGUUGCCUGGUCGGCAUGGUCCAGGCUCUCAGCCGUGGAUUCCUCAUGAGAAAAGAGUUCACCAAGAUGAUGGAGAGGAGAGAUGCCAUCUUCACCGUCCAGUACAACAUCCGUUCAUUCAUGAAUGUGAAAACCUGGCCAUGGAUGAAGGUGUACUUCAAGAUCAAGCCCCUGCUGAAGAGCGCUGAGACRGAGAAGGAGCUGGCCAACAUGAAGGAGAACUUCGACAAYAUGAAGACAGACCUGGCCAAGGCUCUGGCCAAGAAGAAGGAGUUGGAGGAGAAGAUGGUGUCCAUGCUGCAAGAGAAGAACGACCUGGCACUCCAAGUUGCAUCUGAAUCAGAGAGUCUGAACGAUUCUGAGGAAAGGUGUGAGGGGCUCAUCAAGAGCAAGAUCCAGCUGGAGGCCAAACUCAAAGAGACGACAGAGAGGCUGGAGGAUGAGGAGGAGAUGAAUGCUGAGUUGACUGCCAAGAAGAGGAAGCUGGAGGAUGAGUGUUCUGAGCUGAAGAAGGACAUUGAUGACCUGGAGCUCACCCUGGCCAAAGUGGAGAAGGAGAAGCAUGCCACUGAAAACAAGGUUAAAAACCUGACAGAAGAGAUGGCGUCUUUGGAUGAGAGCGUUGUCAAGCUGACCAAGGAGAAGAAAGCCCUCCAAGAGGCCCACCAGCAGACACUGGACGACCUGCAGUCAGAGGAGGACAAAGUCAACACUCUGACCAAGGCCAAGACCAAGCUGGAACAGCAAGUGGACGACCUUGAGGGUUCUCUGGAGCAAGAGAAGAAGCUCCGUAUGGACCUUGAGAGAGCCAAGAGAAAGCUGGAGGGAGAUCUGAAACUGGCCCAGGAGUCCAUAAUGGACCUGGAGAAUGACAAGCAGCAGUCUGAUGAGAAAAUCAAGAAGAAGGAGUUUGAGACAUCCCAGCUCCUCAGUAAGAUUGAGGAUGAGCAGUCUCUGGGAGCUCAGCUACAGAAGAAGAUCAAGGAACUCCAGGCCCGUAUUGAGGAGCUGGAGGAGGAAAUUGAAGCUGAGCGUGCUGCCAGGGCUAAGGUUGAGAAGCAGAGAGCCGAUCUCUCCAGGGAACUUGAGGAGAUCAGCGAGAGGCUGGAGGAGGCCGGAGGCGCCACUGCUGCUCAGAUUGAGAUGAACAAGAAGCGUGAGGCUGAGUUCCAGAAGCUGCGUCGUGAUCUUGAAGAGUCCACCUUGCAGCAUGAGUCCACAGCCGCCGCUCUGCGCAAGAAGCAGGCCGACAGUGUGGCUGAGCUCGGGGAGCAGAUCGACAACCUGCAGCGCGUCAAGCAGAAGCUGGAGAAGGAGAAGAGUGAGUACAAGAUGGAGAUUGAUGACCUCUCCAGCAACAUGGAGGCCGUCGCCAAGGCUAAGGGCAAUCUGGAGAAGAUGUGCCGUACUCUUGAGGACCAGCUGAGCGAGAUCAAGACUAAGAAUGAUGAGAAUGUUCGCCAGYUCAACGACAUCAGUGGACAGAGGGCCAGACUCCUGACAGAAAAUGGUGAGUUUGGCCGCCAGCUGGAGGAAAAGGAAUCCCUGGUGUCUCAGCUGACCAGAGGCAAACAGGCCUUCACCCAGCAGGUUGAGGAGCUGAAGAGGCAGAUUGAAGAGGAGGUCAAGGCUAAAAACGCACUGGCCCACGGUGUCCAGUCUGCCCGCCAUGACUGUGACCUCCUGAGGGAGCAGUUUGAGGAGGAGCAAGAGGCCAAGGCAGAGCUGCAACGUGGCAUGUCUAAGGCAAACUGUGAGGUGGCUCAGUGGAGGACUAAGUAUGAAACUGAUGCUAUCCAGCGCACAGAAGAGCUGGAGGAGUCCAAAAAGAAACUGGCCCAGCGUCUGCAGGAGGCUGAGGAGACCAUUGAGGCGACAAACUCCAAGUGCGUCCUGGAGAAGACCAAACAGAGGCUGCAGGGAGAGGUGGAGGACCUCAUGAUUGAUGUUGAGAGAGCCAACGCAAUGGCCGCCAACCUCGACAAGAAGCAGAGGAACUUUGACAAGGUUCUGGCAGAGUGGAAGCAGAAGUAUGAGGAGGGUCAGGCUGAGCUGGAAGGAGCUCAGAAGGAGGUUCGGUCUAUGAGCACUGAACUCUUCAAGAUGAAGAACUCCUACGAGGAGACUCUGGAUCAUCUGGAGACUCUGAAGAGAGAGAACAAGAACCUGCAACAGGAGAUUGGUGACCUGACUGAGCAGAUCGGAGAGACUGGCAAGAGCAUCCAUGAGCUGGAGAAGGCCAAGAAGACCGUGGAGACAGAGAAGUCUGAGAUCCAGACCGCUCUGGAGGAGGCUGAGGGAACACUGGAGCACGAGGAAUCCAAGAUUCUGCGUGUGCAGCUGGAGCUGAARCAGAUCAAGGGUGAGGUGGACAGGAAGCUGGCUGAGAAGGACGAGGAAAUGGAGCAGAUCAAGAGGAACAGCCAGAGGAUGGUGGACUCCAUGCAGAGCACCCUGGACUCUGAGYUCAGGAGCAGGAAUGAUGCCCUGAGGGUGAAGAAGAAGAUGGAGGGAGACCUGAACGAGAUGGAGGUCCAGCUGAGCCACUCCAACAGGCAGGCCGCUGAGGCCCAGAAACAGCUGAGGAACGUUCAGGGACAGCUCAAGGAUGCCCAAUUGCACCUUGAUGACGCUGUUCGUGCCGCAGAUGAUAUGAAGGAGCAGGCAGCCAUGGUGGAGCGCAGGAACGGUCUAAUGGUGGCUGAAAUCGAGGAGCUGAGAGUUGCUCUGGAGCAGACAGAGAGAGGCCGCAAAGUGGCUGAGACUGAGCUGGUAGACGCCAGCGAGCGUGUUGGACUGCUGCACUCCCAGAACACCAGCCUUCUGAACUCCAAGAAGAAGCUGGAGUCUGACCUGGUGCAGGUGCAGGGAGAGGUGGAAGACAUUGUCCAGGAGGCCAGGAAUGCAGAGGAGAAGGCCAAAAAGGCCAUCACUGACGCGGCCAUGAUGGCUGAGGAGCUGAAGAAGGAGCAGGACACCAGCUCUCACCUGGAGAGGAUGAAGAAGAACCUGGAGGUCACAGUCAAGGACCUGCAGCACCGCCUGGAUGAGGCUGAGAACCUGGCCAUGAAGGGAGGCAAGAAGCAGCUCCAGAAACUGGAGUCCAGGGUGCGUGAGCUCGAGACUGAGGUGGAGGCUGAGCAGAGAAGAGGUGUAGAUGCAGUCAAGGGAGUCCGCAAGUAUGAGCGCAGAGUCAAGGAGCUCACCUACCAGACCGAGGAGGAUAAGAAGAACGUUGCCAGACUUCAGGACCUGGUAGAUAAGCUGCAGAUGAAAGUCAAGGCCUACAAGAGGCAGGCUGAGGAGGCGGAGGAACAAGCCAACGGCCACAUGUCUAAGUUCAGGAAGGUUCAGCAUGAGCUGGAGGAGGCUGAGGAGCGUGCUGACAUCGCUGAGUCUCAAGUCAACAAGCUCAGAGCCAAGYCCCGCGACACUGGAAAGGGCAAAGAAGUUGCUGAAUAAACAAGACCAAUGUCUUACAUCAUUUUCCCGUGUUGCAUAAAAUAUGAUUUUCAUGGUGAAAAUGUUUAACUUUGAUUAAAAACGUGUCGGCCUACAUACUCUC